AUGCAACUGGAUGUAGCUGUUGACAUUCUCAAGAAGGCUGAAACCUCCCUUGUUAGCUACAGAGACACUGGGUUUGCUGAUGCCCAGACAUCUGCCAAAGAGAUAUGUGGAGGAGUGAAUGUGGAAGCUGCUCUAAAGCAGAAAAGACUCAGAACUACUAAAAACAAAGGCAGUUUUCCUAUGAGGCCCCUGAUGAACCUAUACCGAUGCCUUGAAAAAAAUGGAGUUUUCAUUUUCAAUGUAGUUGUGGAUAUGGCCAUUGAAUCUCUGAGAGAGAGAACUGGAAUGAUGAGUGAUGUUGCAAAGAAAUUCAGUGUUCUCAUAAACUUCUCUGACCUGACAUCUAGUAAGCUAGAAAAGCAGGCAAAAGAUUUGUGUAAUACACUCACAUCUGGGGAUCAUUCUGAUUUAAAUUAUGAUGAACUGAUUGUAGAGAUGCAGUCAUUUUUUCCAAAACAAUCCCGCAAAACAAAAUAUGACAACAUAGACCUUGUUUUUCUGGAGGAGAAAAGGCCUGAAAGAGAUCUAUCCAAACAUGUGGCAUUAAGAAUUGCUGUCACUACACCUGUGACUGUGGCAUCUGCAGAGAGAAACUUCUCUAAACCUUAG